CUCGCGCGCUUCCACGUACACACUCCAAGGCCACGUUCCCCCCGACGGCAUCACUUCCGGGUCGCUGCCUCUAGCCCCGCCCCGUCUCCCGUAAAGCGCUCCCGCGCACUUCCGGCCCGCUAGGCCUUUUCCGCUGCUUCUCUCCGUGCUUUAUCUCUGUACCUGGCUGCAGUCCUCCCCCCGUCUCUCUCUCUCCCCGCGAGCAUCGCACAUCCGACCCCAAGGCCCCGGUGGCUCUACCGCGCUCUCCCGCCGGGCGGUAGGGGCCGAGGCCUGCCGCGCGCGUCGAUCCCCGCAGCUCCAUUGAGGCCGCCGCCGCCGUCUCCGGGAUGCCGCGAUGGGCGGCCGCCGCGGGCCGUUGGGGCUGGAGGCUCCUAGCGCUGCUGCUGCUGCUGCUGGUGCCGGGGCCGGGCGGGGCCUCGGAGAUCACCUUCGAGCUGCCCGACAAUGCCAAGCAGUGCUUCUACGAGGACAUCGCGCAGGGCACCAAGUGCACCCUCGAGUUCCAGGUGAUUACUGGUGGUCACUAUGAUGUAGAUUGUCGAUUGGAAGAUCCUGAUGGUAAAGUGUUAUACAAAGAGAUGAAGAAACAGUAUGAUAGUUUCACCUUCACGGCCUCCAAAAAUGGGACAUACAGAUUUUGCUUCAGCAAUGAGUUUUCUACUUUUACACAUAAAACCGUGUAUUUUGAUUUUCAAGUUGGAGAAGAUCCACCUUUGUUUCCCAGUGAAAACCGAGUCAGUGCCCUUACCCAGAUGGAAUCUGCCUGUGUUUCCAUUCACGAAGCUCUGAAGUCUGUUAUUGACUAUCAGACUCAUUUCCGGCUGAGGGAAGCUCAAGGCCGAAGCCGAGCAGAAGAUCUAAAUACAAGAGUAGCGUAUUGGUCAGUGGGAGAAGCCCUCAUUCUUCUGGUGGUUAGCAUAGGGCAGGUAUUCCUUCUGAAAAGCUUUUUCUCAGAUAAAAGAACCACCACAACUCGUGUAGGAUCCUAACCGUCCUGAGAAAGGAUGCACCUUGGCCACUGUAAUUUUGCUGUCCUCUAAUUUUAGGUACUGAAGAACUUGAUAUUGCCACCUUUUAAAACCCUGCUCUUAUACUUGUUGAUGAGAGAUGUAUAAUGUAUAUGCCCACACUGGAAAGGACACCUUUUUUUAAUUUGUGAAGGUGGAGAAACUUUGGAACUUACUUUGGGCUAUUCAUGUGAAAUCUUCAACACCAAUGAUCCACUUUUUUCUUGGUUGUUUCUAUCUAUUCUUCAUACACUAAACUUUGGUAUUAUGAUUCGUUUUAACCAUUUAAAAGUACUUUUCUUAUAGGUUGUUGAUACUUCUAAAACCUUAAAGUCUGUGUGUGUUAUGGAGGAAGAAAACUGCCUUUUAAUUGUUUAUAGUGAAUAAAGUUGUGUUUUUAAGAAAACCAAAUGUGAUUAACUGUAGCCCAAGCCCUAUUCUGCACUGCUUAAUUUUGUGUGUGUGUGGGGGGGGUCUACCAUAGAAAUGUUAGUUAUUAUUGAUGCAAUUUUAAUUGAUAUAUCAUGAUAUAAUUUAUUUCUCACUAAUUUGGAAAAUGUAUAAUUUUGUGUUUAUUCUGAUUUAUAACUAGCUAGCCAUGUUAUUUUUAUAGAAGGAUUACUACAGAAAAUAGCAUAGUAGAGUUUAUACAGACCUUGAAAAUCAGGAUGUUAUAACUAAUAGGAUAAUUAAAAAAUAAUCAUAGACACUACAAUAGGUUGAGUGAGAUGGGAAAACACUUAGUGAGUCAGUCGCCUAUACUCGUUGCAUUUCCAGUGCUUUUACAGAGGGAAAAGAUGGUCUGUUUCAUUUUAACAUUUGGUUGACUAGUUCCUGCUUAUAUGUGAUUUUAAUGUCUACAAGUCAUUCCCAUUUUAAAUUGACAGUUAUUCCUGUCACAUCUGUGCCAUACAUUUUAUCCUCAUGGAUAUGAUGCAAUGCGAAGUUGGUUUUGUCUUUUAUUAAUUUUGUCUUGUUUGUAUAGUCUCUGGUUAGCACUAAAAUUACUUAAAAAUUUAGAAUGGUAUGUGUUUCCUAUAGGAUAAAAUCAUUGAUUUGUAGUUCCUCUGUUGAGUGCUAAAUUGUUUAUACUUUGUAUACUGUAGAGUUGAUACUAUUUGUGUCUUAUACCUUGUGUAGAUUAAGCUCAUUGAGGUGAGAGCUCGUUCCAUAUAUCCCAGGAAAGAAUACCAGAUGAUGGAAAAUUGUAUAUAGACUUAAGGCUUUUGGGCUGUAUGAACAGAGAAGGGGGAGGCAUGGCCUUGCUUUUCUGCCAUGCCUUCUUUCUUCACCCAAAAGUGAUUGGGACUAAAUGGAACACAUUAUAGAGCCAUCAGUAUGUGAUACCGUGGGAUACUGAUUAAAUAACAAUCCUAGUCACUUAAAUAUUACCAACUACAUGUUAGCUCUCAGUUCCAAGCUGUCCUAAAAUAUACAUUUAGUAUGUUAGUAUGUAAGAGCAAAAUAUAUUCCAUUUGUCUUGCUUGCUAAUUUCAGAUGUCAUGGUGUAGCAAGGGGUGAGUGUACUUUGAACACUUUAGGACUCUUUAAGGCCGAGUAGCUACUCCUUAAACAAUGCUUACAGAUGGAUUACAAAGAGAAGAUUAAGUCGGGCGUGGUGGUGCACGCCUUUAAUCCCAGAACUCUGGAGGCAGAGGUAGGAGGAUCUCCGAGAGUUCAAGGCCACCCUGAAAAUACAUAGUGAAUUCCAGGUCAGCCUGAGCUAGAGUGAGUCCCUACCUUAGAAAACCAAAAAAAAAAAGAGAGAAGAUUAAGAUUUUUCAGGUUUAUCUACUUAGGUUCUUGUACUAAAGUCCUGCAGCUUUCUAAGUGUCCCUUGAGUUUGGAUGUGAAUGUUUAAAGCACCAAUACUAAUGUGGCUGCUAGGCAUAGGCAUAUGUAACAUGUCUUUUUCUGGAUGCCAGUGUAUUCUGUUGUGUUCCAAUACUUAACACCAUAAAUUUUGCCAAAUUGGUAUAACUAACACACUCAUGUAAUCUGUGUCUCUCAAAACUUCAUGAUACUAAAAUAUUACUAUAAGUAAUCUUAAUGAAACCAUUGAGAUAUAGUAAAACUUGAAAUCACUACUGAUCCAUUGUCAGAAAUAGUACAUGCUUAAUCUAGUCUCGGUGUAACUGGUUCCAGUUUUGACAGCUAGCCACUCAACUGGAUAUGAAUGUGUAAGAAUGCAUAUCCACACAAAAACUAAAUAAGUUUUUCUUUAUAUUCCAUCAUUAGGAGCUCAUCUUUUUUUUUUUUCUGUAUUCCUUUUGUAACUUUUACAGCAAUUUGAAUAUCCCACAUACUUAUGUUUGUUCACACAACUCAAAAUACAUAUUUGAAUACCAUAGUUGUGUAUAUUUUUCUUAAGUAGAGUGAAUAAUAGAAAGCUCCUUGAUAUGCAAGUUUAUACUAAAAUUUCAACUGGGUCAUGGUAUGUUUUAAGAUGUUACUUUGCUGAUAAUAGAAACAUUUCUUUAUUAAACAUGGCUUAUGGCUCACAACUCUUUCAUCUGGGCUUAAUGAUAAUCACCUUUGAAAUGCAGGAGACUGAAAAGCAAUUUUUUUAAGGUUUCAUUUUUAUUUCUACUAUUCAUUUUAUGUUUCAGUUUCUGAAUGUAACAUUUAGAGCUAAAUAGGGCAAAGCAUAUCCUAUAACUUGUUUCAAAAAUUAAAUUAAUAUAUAAUUUAAAAGGUUUUUCAUUUACUUUUGAAAAAGAAAAAUUUCUCUAACAGAUGGUUCCACAGGAUUGCACUGAUCAACUUCUUGUAAAAUAAAAAGAAAAUUUUUUUCAGCAAA